GCUAAUUACAAAAGAAUUAAAUUGUCACAAACGUUAAAAAUAGACUCACAAUCAAUCACAAACGAUUUACAAACGAAAUACACUAAGAAAAAUUAAAAAUAAUCAUAUUUUAUUAUUCCUUCCGGCUCGCUUCAUGCAGGUAUACCUUCUCCUCUGCCGGCUUGGACCGCCAUCUUCCCUAGAGGGACGCUGAUCAUGCUCGGGGUGUAUUGAAUGUAUUUUUGUAUAUAUUUUAUAUUGUUAUAAUAAAUGUUAAAUAUGAACUGUACAAUUGUGUUGAAAUCAUUAAAACAAAUUAAACCUUCCAGUUUGUAUUAUAAUUUGUCAAAGACGUUAUUUCUUGGAAAAUGUAAGAGUAUAUCUGUGUAUAAUUUUCAACAAUGUCAAACAUUAGGAGUCGAUGCAACACAAUCACAGAUUUCAAAAGAGAUUGUUAAAAGCAACAAUCCUGACUUAAAACAGUUCAAAGAGUUAUCAAAGAAUGGGCCUUCCCUUAGAGAUUUUUUGCAAACUGAUACUGAAACUCUUAAUCAACCUAUCGUUGCUCCAGAUAUUCCUUAUGUAAAAAAUGUUGAUGGCAGUGGUCAAAAAAUUUACUUUGAGGUAUAUGGUUGUCAAAUGAAUGUGAACGACACAGAGAUAAUAUGGUCAGUUCUAAAGUCUCAUGGUUAUGAGAAAGUACAAAGAUUAGAAGAAGCUAAUAUAAUUCUACUUGUUACGUGUUCUAUCAGAGAUAAUGCAGAACAGAAAAUAUGGAAUAAAUUACAGGAUUUAAAUGGUAUAAGAAAAAAGAAGAAGGGACCUCUUACAAAAAUUGGUUUACUAGGAUGCAUGGCAGAACGACUAAAGGAUAAAAUAUUAGAAAAGGGAAGACUGGUUGAUAUAAUAGCAGGGCCAGAUAGCUAUAAAGAUUUACCAAGACUUUUGUCUAUACCAGAAAACGAAAGAGCUAUUAACGUUCUUUUGUCAUUCGAUGAAACAUACGCAGACAUUAUUCCAGUUAGAUUGGAUCCAGAGUCAACCAGGGCAUUUGUUUCGAUAAUGCGAGGUUGUGAUAAUAUGUGUACGUAUUGUAUCGUGCCGUUUACUCGAGGAAGAGAAAGAUCACGGCCGAUCGAAAGUAUAAUAAAAGAGGUUCAGUCGUUAUCUGACGAAGGUGUGAAAGAAGUAAUGCUUCUUGGACAAAAUGUGAACAGUUACAGGGAUACAUCGCAGUCGGAAUUUUACGCAACUAAUACCGUAGAAACUAAUUUAGCCAAAGGUUUUAAAACAGUGUACAAAAAUAAGAAGGGAGGACGUCGAUUUUGCGAUUUGCUAGAUCAGGUUUCUCGUAUUAACCCAGAGAUGAGGAUAAGAUUUACAUCGCCGCAUCCUAAAGAUUUUCCAGAUGAAGUUCUACAUUUAAUAGCGGAGAGGCCAAAUAUUUGUAAAGAAAUUCAUUUACCCGCGCAAAGUGGUAAUUCAAUAGUAUUAGAAAGAAUGAGAAGAGGAUACACGCGAGAAGCAUACAUAGAUUUAGUACAUCAAAUACGCGAUAUUGUUCCAAAUAUUCAUCUUUCCAGUGAUUUUAUUGCUGGAUUUUGUGGAGAAACGGAAGACCAAUUUCAAGACACACUGUCUUUGAUAGAAUUAAUCAAAUAUAAUAAAGCUUUCCUUUUUGCAUAUAGCAUGCGAGAGAAAACUACUGCACAUCGUCGUUAUAAGGAUGACGUAGAACCGAGUGUGAAACAGAAUCGACUUCAAAGAAUGAUUUCAGUGUAUAACAGCGAAGUUGAGAAAUUGAAUAAAUUAAAGGUCGGGCAGUUGCAGCUCGUACUUGUAGAAAGGACUAGCAAAAGAUCUGAUGAAAUUCUUCAAGGAAGAAACGAUGGUAACAAUCGAGUAUUACUUCCCUGUACGAGUAUACCUAUCGAGAAAGAUUCUAAUGUAACCAGGCCGAUCAAGAGUGGUGAUUAUGUUGUUGUAAAAAUUUCUAAUGGUAAUAUGCAGACGUUAACGGGCACGCCUUUGUAUCAUUCAUCAAUAGCGGAAUUCACUUUAUCUACAUUGUAAAUAAAAUUAAAUAGUCGUUUUUAGAAA